GUGGCUGUCUUAGCCUAGUUUUACAUUUGCGUCAAGUUAUAAUUACGAUGACCUUUGACCCGAGAUGUCACUUUCCAACAAAUAAGAAUUUGCAGACGGGAACGUGCUUGUGGCCGUGUAGAAAGGUAAUCCACUUUCAAUUCCCUUUGUAUUUUAUCAGAACGAAGGCAGUAUAGGCCUACAACAACCACCUUCCACAACCUACCAACAAGGCACGAAGACAUGGCGGGAAUAAUUCAUGGUGUACGUCGUGGAUGCAAACCGAGUCAUUUUGGCAACCGGAAUAAACAUCAGUCAUGUACAUAAGUCAGUGAGAUGAGCUUCUUGUUCUCACCAAAGAAAAGCAACAAUGGCCUGCAGAAGAAGCCACGGGGGCAUUCCGACAAGUCGACUGAUGACCUGGCUCUGUCAGAGCGGCCCCUCACCAUCGGAUGCUGCCAGCCCCCAGUCGACCUAAGCCCCACCUCUGAGAUGAAGAGAAGCCCGACUGACAAUUCAAGGCCAGCGUCGCAUGGCCAGCUGUCCUCCGUAGCUGCUGAGACCAACUACGAGGGUCAGGGAUCCUCCCCGCAACGCUUGCCGCCAAGACGGCAAAACGCCAGUUGGUGGGCUUCGCCGCUACCCCCAGAUCUUAUCUUUGCGCAGAAUCGCCGGGAGCGUGGCCAGCGCAGACGGUCCGGACAGAGCUCAGGAAGCAGCGCCACUACAGACGACGGGGGACUGAGUGUCAUUGACAAGGAAGAUCUGCUGGAUACGAUAUUUGUCUCCUGCGAUACAGAAGGAAAGGGACGUGUAGCUGUGUCAAGAGUUAUACAACACAUACAGAUGAUCAUUGAAUCAAGUGAGUCCAGGGACAUUGAUGAGCUUGCAUUGCAGCUGGAUCCUACAGGACUGGAUCUAGAGAUUGACCUCCCGACGUACCAGAACGGGAUAGCCCAGUGGGUCAAGAAUGUGCAGAAGCAAAGGAAGGGCGAGUUAAGCGGAGCCAUGGAGGACCGAACGAGUGGCGGCAAUACCUUCCCUGCAGUUUCCACGCCAGAAAUCGCCCCUCACUGGAAAACUAGAAGUCUAGACGGAGGUACCGGGUAUCUUCGCAGUGUUUCUACACCUCUGAGUGAAACCAGGGCGCAUUGGAAAACAAGAAAUACAGAAACCUCACGUCUCUUUAGCGGCCUGUUGGAUUCCUCGCUGGAUUUGUCCGCAUGCAGCUAUGGGAGUCUGGAGGCAGAGGGCGGCGACUCAGCACCUGAUAUGGGGGACUUGCAGAACCGCAUCGAGGACCUGCAGUUUCAGAUCCGCAAACUGACAGAGCACAACAUGAAGCUGCAGGUGCAGAUUGAGACCUCGGAUGAGUCCAACGAACAACUGAUGUCACAGAUUGACACACUCAAAGGAGAGCUGAAAAGCUUGCAGCAAGCGUGGCACCGGAGCCAAUCUAUCCGAGAUGAAAAUGAAGAAUUGAAGACAGCCAACAAGGAAUGGCACAGGAAACAUGCACAACUGGAAAGAGACAAACGUAUUCUUGAUGAAAAAUUGGUCAACCUGCAGGCAGAGGCUAACAAGAGAAAAGCUGUGGAGACCAAAUUGCAAGCAGUGCAAGAGAAGCUGAGUAUUUCCUUAGCGGAGGCAGAUUCAAUGCAGGAGGAACACCGAAGAUUGCAGACAGUCCUGCAGGAAUAUAAGUCGCAUGCCUGGAAACAGGAGAGAAACGACAGCCUGAUUGGCCAUAUGGGCUUGUGA